CCCCGCAUGGACCUGCAGCAGCCGGUGACCAACCUGAGCGAGCCCUGCCGGAGCUGUGGCCAUGCGCUGGCGGACCACGUAUCCCACCUGGAGAACGUCUCGGAGGAGGAGAUCAACCGGCUGCUGGGCAUGGUGGUGCGUGGAGUGGAAAACCUCUUCAUGUCGGUGCACAAGGAGGAGGACACGGACACCAAGCAGGUGUAUUUCUACCUGUUCAAGCUCCUUCGGAAGUGCAUCCUGCAAAUGAGCCAGCCUGUGGUCGAGGGGUCCCUGGGGAGCCCCCCCUUCGAGAAACCAAACAUUGAGCAGGGAGUCCUGAACUUUGUCCAGUACAAGUUCAGCCACUUGCCACCCAAGGAGCGGCAGACGAUGUACGAGCUCUCCAAGAUGUUCCUGCUCUGCCUCAACUACUGGAAGCUGGAGACGCCGUCCCAGUUCCGGCAGCGCUCGCAGAAUGAUGAUGUGGCCACCUACAAGGUCAACUACACGAGGUGGCUGUGCUACUGCCACGUGCCGCAGAGCUGCGACAGCCUUCCCCGCUACGAGACCACCCACGUCCGGGCGCAGCUCUUCGGGCGCAGCCUCCUGAAGUCCAUCUUCACGGUCACCCGCCGGCAGCUGCUGGAGAAGUUCCGGGUGGAGAAGGACAAGCUGGUGCCAGAGAAGCGGACGCUGAUCCUCACCCACUUCCCCAAGUUCCUGUCCAUGCUGGAGGAGGAGAUCUACGGCGAGAACUCCCCGAUCUGGGAAGCCGAUUUCACCGUGCCGGCCGCGGAGGGUGCACAGCUGGUGUCUCGCCCAGCCGCAGUCAGCACUGUCGCUGUGCCCACCACUCCACUCUUCAGCAAGAAGCUCAGCAACAGCAGCUCUGCCACGAGCAUGGACGCCAGCACCCCGGAGCCCCUGCCAGGGGAGAAGCGGAAGCUGCCCGAAAGCCUGACGCUGGAAGAUGCCAAACGGAUCCGUGUCAUGGGAGACAUCCCCAUGGAGCUGGUGAAUGAGGUCAUGCUGACCAUCACGGACCCCGCUGCCAUGCUGGGCCCCGAGACCAGCCUGCUGUCGGCAAACGCGGCGCGGGAUGAGACAGCCCGGCUGGAGGAGCGCCGUGGCAUCAUCGAGUUCCACGUCAUUGGCAACUCGCUCUCGCAGAAGUCCAACAAGAAGAUCCUGAUGUGGCUGGUGGGCUUGCAGAACGUCUUCUCGCACCAGCUGCCCCGCAUGCCCAAGGAGUACAUCACUCGCCUCGUCUUCGACCCGUCCCUCGGCUGUGCUGCCCACAGGAAGCACAAGACCCUAGCACUGAUAAAGGAUGGCCGAGUGAUCGGGGGGAUCUGCUUCCGCAUGUUCCCCACCCAGGGCUUCACAGAGAUCGUCUUCUGCGCCGUCACG